GUGUCCUUCAUGGCAUCCAUGCACCCACAGAGCUUUAGUGUAGAGGUGUGUGUCAUCGACAAGAAUGACAACGUGCCCAUGUUCCUGCAAGAGAGCAUGCGAGGCACUGUUCAACUUGGCCUGCUGAAAGGGAUCCCGUUCAUGCAAGUGGGGGCUUUAGACCGUGAUGACCGAAACACACCCCAUGCUGAUCUGCGUUUUCGCCUCCUAGAUCAGAUGCCUCGCAUCCCAGCCAGUCACAUGUUCCACGUAGAUGCCACCAGCGGGGAGGUGUCUCUCACAGAGGAUGGUGCCUCUACUCUAGACCCUGAAAUGUGUGGCCGCUAUAAACUUUCAGUGAUGGUCCAGGACAUGGGUGGGAAGGCCAAUGCUUUCUUCUCUACUGGCACUGUGUUGGUGGAGGUGACAGGAAACACAUGGGCUUCACCCGACCCGGUCCGAUUGCAGGAGAACCUACCAGGCCCGUACCCUAUCCCCAUCUCUCAGGUGAAAUGGAGUGGGAGUUUGGUAGCGUACAGCCUGGAGGGAGAGUUUCCAGAGAUGCUUUUCACCAUCAGUAGAGAAGGAGUCAUCUACCUGAAUGCCCCUCUGGACCGAGAAACCCAAGAUCAGUUCCUGGUCAGCAUAGUAGCAGAGAGGCCAGAUGGCAGAAAGAUCGCAAAGCCUGUAGAGCUGAGGGUCAUGGUGGGAGACGCCAAUGACAACAGACCAACCUUCCCACAGAUGCAGUACCACACUGUUGUCAAGGAACUUGCACAGAAAGGAACUGAAAUUCUCACAGUCCAGGCGGCUGAUAACGACGACCCCAAAACGGAUAAUGUGCGGAUUUUUUACAGAUUGGCAGGGCAGGUGCCAGAAAGCCCACGCCAACUUUUCCGCGUGGACCGAGAUUCCGGGGUGAUCACAGUGCAGGCUGACAGCAUGGAGGGCACUGCACCACAAUACACACUCACAAUCAUCGCUGAGGAUGCUAAAGGGCUGAACAGCUCCUGCACUGUGAUAGUUAAAGUUCUGGAUGAGAACAACAACCCACCUAUCUUCUCUCAGCAUGAGUACGGCCCGUUUCACUUGGCGGAGGAUGCCCCAGUGGGUGCCACUGUGACGGCGGUGGCAGCGUGGGAUGCUGAUGAAUGGAGUGGGGACAGCUGGCUGGUCGACUAUCGACUAGAGUCAGGGAACGAGGAUGAGGUCUUCGCUUUGGUGACAGACCGACAGACUAACGAGGUCUCGCUUGUCCUCGCUAAGGUGCUGGAUUUUGAGCGGGAGAGUGAGUACAUUCUGGUCCUGAGUGCUCAGAACCCUGUGGCUCUGGUGAGGGGGAGGUAUGGCCCUGCAUCCACCGCCACUGUCUCCAUCUUCAUUGAUGACAUCAAUGAGGGCCCCGUUCUGUCACAGAGUCACUACGAGGUCACUGUCAGAGAGGGCGAGGAGCCAGGACGGGUCAUAGCUACAAUUAGGGCUUAUGACCCCGACUCCCAUCCAGUCAGGUACUCACUGAGAGGGGACACAAAGAAAUAUUUCUCGAUUGGAAAGUACUCAGGAGAGCUGAAGACAGUGCAGGCUUUGGACAGAGAGGAGAACAGUACCUACACCAUGGAGGUGGUGGCUGAGGACGGACGUAACUCAUCUCUGUCCGCCUCCACGCUAGUGACAGUGCAUAUUCUGGAUGUGAACGAUAACAGCCCUGUUCUGGUGGGCGAUUACUCCUGGAAAUACCUUUGCACUCCACACUUGGAAGAUCAGGCCCUGGUCCUAGCAUCUCGGGACAGUGAUGGACCGCAGCAUGGUGGCCGCCUCAACUUCUCACUUAGCAGUGACCCCACAGUGCGACGCAACUGGAAACUCACACCCAUCAACGACACUCACACCAACCUGUCUCUGAAUAUCGAUGAUCUGACCCCUGAUGUUUAUACGGUGCCCUUCACCAUCUCAGAUAGUAGCUCUCCUCCCAGAAGCACCUUCAUUAACUUGCCUGUAACCGUGUGCACAUGUAACGUGAGAGGGAAUUGCCGCACCGCAGCAAAGCAACUUGCAGGGAUGCCCACUAUCCAGUCCACAUUGGGAGUCCUGCUUGGAACUCUUGGAGUUAUAGGGAUCAUACUGAUAGUCAUUUUUGUGAGACUGUCCUACCAGAAACCUCCACCGACUGGAAAAGCCAAUCAGGAGACGAUGCCUCUCCAUGUGUCACUGUAACCCAUCAGCCAAUUGGAUCCGUUGUUCAGUAUACACCAAUUACACAAAGGCAGCAAUUAGUGUUUCCUCACA